GUUUAUGGUUCCAUAUUGUUGAUUGUCCCCAAUUGGAUAGAAGAUGGAUUCAGAUAGGAAAUCAACCGGAUUUCUCAAUGUUCUUCCGAGCUUUGGUUCGAAGGAAAACAACUCAAAUUUAUCAUCCAAAGACAAGCGAUACGUUCAACAAGUUGAAAAAGCAGUAGCUUCGUUUGAUUCUUUGGAAGAAUGGGCCGACUAUAUUGCCUUUUUAUCCAGACUCCAAAAAUCACUUCAAUUGACUGGAGAUGGCCAAUCUUGGAUUCCCUGCUUUAAUCAAGUAUCAAACAAGUUAUCUUUGUGUCUUUCAUCCAAAUUACCAAAUGGUGUUCAUCAAAAGACCUUGAGUAUUUACGAAGCCAUAUUCCACUCGAUUUCUUCCAAAACAUUGAACCAGGAACUAAAUGUAUGGCUUCCUGGCUUGUUGCCAUUGUUUUCUUAUUGCUCAAUUCAAGUAAAGCCAUACUUAAUUAAUAUCUACAAUUAUCUUCUUGAUAAUCUCGAACCAAGAAGUUUGAAAAUUAUAUCAAAACCUAUUAUAUUGAGUGUGUUACCGGGAUUGGACGACGAAAAUUCAGAAGCUUUCCAAGAAACUUUUAAACUUGUAGAAUCUUUGAAGACAAAGUUAAAUGAUGAUUCCCAUUUUUGGCAAACAAUGUUCUUAUGUAUCAUAAAUAACCCAGAAAGAAGACUAGGGGCACUUUAUUGGUGCAAUAAGAGAUUACCAUAUUUUCAAACUCUCAAAACCGAUACUGAGUAUCGCUUUUCCGAAGAAGCUAGUGCAUGUUUGAGUCCAGAAGCAGGUCUUUUAAUUAGAGCUUUUGCUACUUCCGUCAAUUCUGUUACUUCUUUCAACCAAGCAGGUGAUAUUAUAGUCAUUCGAGGAUUUUUUGAUCUAUUAUUGAAUAGAAUUCCUUUGAAUAGCGAUGUCUUACAAAAAGCUGUCUCUUCGAAAGACAGGGAAUUGCUCAUAAUGUCUUGUUGUAAAGUAACUUUGAAAAAAGACAUGAGUUUGAACAGGAGACUAUGGAAUUGGUUUCUUGGGCCUGACUCUUCUGAUGGAGAAGCUUCUAAUAAUAUUUCCCGUUCGAACUAUUUUGAGAAUUAUGGGCUAGAUACUCUCAUUGAUGGUAUUUUAAAAUUAGCUGGCAAUAAUGACCUUCAUAAAAAAACUGAAGCCUUCAAAAUUUCUCUGGCCGUUAUAAUGGAUAAAUGGGAACUUAGUCAUUUAGUGACGCCUAGAAUUGCGUCACACUUGUUAGAAGAAUGUUACAAAGUUUCAAAAAAUAAAGAAGAAGAAGAAUUUAAGGAACUCUUAUCAUCAGCAAGAGCAUUCUUUGACAGUGUUGAAGCUGCUCAUAUCUGGAAUCAUAUCACACUCAAUAUAAUAUUGGCCAAAGAUCUCACAAAACUAAACUUUCUUGACUUCCUUUUGAAAAACUUUGAUUUCCAUGAAGAUGAAAUGGUUAAAGUCCAUAUACCUUUGGCAAUAUUAGCCCUCCUUGCUAACGAAACCUUAUCCGAAAAAUAUGUUCAAAUUGUCCUGACAUUGGUUGAUCUUACUGCUCAUAAUGCUUUUGAUCCACUAGAAGAACUAAACGACCAUGUAGCGUUAUCAAAAUCCAAAAUUUUAGAAUCCAUCAAAUCAUAUUAUACAGCUCUUGUGAAAGACGAAUCAGCCAAGCCGCCCUUCCCAGGACAUGUUUUAUCCUUUUUAUGUCUUGACUUACUGAGAAGCUUAUAUAUAAAAAAUAUUCAAAAUCCUGAUCUUUCGCUCCAGGUCUGUAACUUGUUCUGCACCUUACUAUAUAACGUUCCAAAUGUCAACAAAGUUAAUCCAUGGAAAGAUAAGGCCCUUGUGAAAGCAAUCUUAAAACAGCCUAUAGUAAGCCAAUCACAAUCGGAAGAAGAGAAACAGACUUACUUACUAAAUGCUUUCAACUUUACUAAACUUUUGGAUUAUGUCUCUAAAUCCCUAACUUCCUUUGAAAAGGCUAAAUUACUCAAGAUAAUUCUAUCUAAUAUUUGGUUUGCACUUCAGUCUGCUUCCCCAGCUAAUUAUCAAGUUGAAGCUGUGAAACAUAUUUUCGAUCUUGAACUAAUUUUCCAAAAAGCUCACAUUGAAGCCGGUAUUCUCAAUCUUCUUUUGAAUUCCAAUCCCACCGAACGAGUUAGGGCCUUCACAAUUCUAUGGACUCAUUCUAAUUCCUUUAAUGAUGCGGAUAGGCUAUUAGUGAGACCAAUGCAAUUGCUCAUGGAUGGAUUAUACGAAAAUGAUCAUCAACAAUCGCUUCCGGUAGUUGGCUUUAUAAAAAGUGUUCUUAAAAGUGGAUCGGCUAAUAGAUUUCUUAAACUACUUACUACUCCUUUGUUGAACUUCCCCUUCAUAAAAAAUAAUAAGACAUUCGUCACUCUGAAAGAUGACUUGAAUCAAUUCUCAUAUUAUUUGAAGACAGUGCACAAUGUUAUCAAGACGAAUGAAAAACCAUUGAAAGAAGCAAUCAAUAACGAACUUGCUGUAAUGGAUAGCGCAGAGAAAAUACAACUAAUAAGAAAUAAUGAAUGGGAUAUAUCUACAUAUAAAACUUUGAUUUUGUCUAUUACUGAAACUUAUAUCAAAGUUCGAGUAAGUGACGAUGUUUCUAGCGAUGAAGCUACUUUGAAUCAAUUUUAUGAAUCUAUUACUACUGCACUUGAGUUAAUUUUGAUUUUAACCUCAGGUAAUGAACCUCAUUUCUCGGAUGGAUUUCAUGUUUUACUUGAGUCUUGCUCUUAUUACAUACAUCUUUUCGAAAACAACCCAUAUCAAAUUGAGUUAAUUCAAAAAUCAUUCUUAAAUACUAUCAUGCGGUUUUUGGAUAUUUCCGAGGAGUCAAAGAUCAACUUAAAUUUAUUACAUAUCGAAGAUGAAGGUAAAGAACCUUUGUUAGUGAGGUUUUUAAUUCACGGUAUUACUGCCACAGAAUCACCUGUCUUAUUAGAAACUUGGUUUAAGCUUUUGACAAGAUCAUUAUAUCUAUUUAAUGAAUCGGUUUUCAGCGUUCUCCUCACGUUGAAUGAUUCAAUCAUCCAUAAAAUCGAUGCUUAUUUUAACAAGAUAAUCACAUUUAAAUCAUUCAAUUAUUUGACGGACGUCGAGGCUUCACUUAAUAUUUUAACAUCUGGUUUGGAAGACUUAUUAUCAAUAAGUCACAGUUAUUUACUAACUUCAAGAUUAAAGUCUGCUAAUACAGAUAAAGCUAACAAUAACCCUAAUGACUCCGGAUUUUUCAGUAAUGUAAUCCAGGGUGUUCUCCAGAUCGAAUCACCAGCCAUACGUACCACCGAACAAAAUAAACUUUACUCGAUUUUAUUAGCCUUUCAAGAUGCAGUGAAGAUAGCCUUCAAGAUUUGGAAAUGGUCAGAUGCUAAACCACAAGUUCCCAAAGGAAUACACAAUGCUUCAGAUAGAUCAUUGUCAUUUUUAGGCAAUAAAUUAAAAUUUAGGUCUAAGAAACUUCUUGAAACCUUGAUGGACUUGGAAAGACUAGAAGUAAUUGAAACUUUAGUUGAAAUGAAUGAGCCUGAAACUGUGAAGCUCCUUCAUGUAUUAGAUGGGGGACGCUCACAAAUCACCUUACCUCAUUUACUUAAUUCCAUUACAACAAGAGCAGAUCCCCAAUUGUUAGAAGAAAAAUAUAGGUCAUCUUUGAAUGUCAACAUCUCUACGAGAGAUUUAUGUGCCUUCUUGCUGAUUUAUUUAGAAAGUGUCGACACUGAUAGUGUUAUCGAUAUAUGGGAUUCUAUCUCUAAGUUUCUUAGAGAUGCAGUAACACAUUCCACUGGUUUUAAGACCACUUAUCCGGCUUUAUUAAGAGUCAUUAAGUCACUUACAAUAAAAUUAAACAGCUCAAGGGCUGCUGAACAAAGAAAAUACAAGAGAGAAUUAUCUGAUUUCUUUAUCAAAACUUUGAACGGUGCAGUUAGUGUAAAGUCUCUGUUUUACACUGAGGAUAAUGGUGAGCAAGAUGGAGAAUCUUCAACGGAUCAAUCUGUGAGAUCACCUAAUGAGGGCCUUUUAGAUGCUCUCUAUGAGUUGGCUGAGUUUUUUGAUGAAAUUAUCCAAGACCAAGAUAAAGUUAACACAGCAAUUACAUCCAUAGUUGUCAAUCUUUUGGCCCCACAGAUCAAAUCAAAAAGUAUCAAAAAGCUUCCACGAAAGACCAUUGAUUUGAUGACGUUGAUUGGAGAUCAAUACCCGAAUAAAGCUUGGAAGACACUUGUUUUUGAUAUAUUCUUGGAUAACAACUUUUUCUCUGGUGAUGUUGAUGAGUGGAAACCCGUGAUUAGGGCUUGGAUAUUUAAUGACAAAGAGAAAUUCAGUGAACUUGUUUUCAGAGUUACUCCGUCAGUUCAAUCAACAGCUUCGAAUAUUUUUAUAUGGAAUGAAAAAUCGGAAGUAGAGAAUAAGGUUUUAACACUAAAAAGAAUUUCUUAUUUGAUGAUGGUGCAACCCCAGGAUUUCUUCUUGGUGUAUCUUGAAUCUCUUUUUGAAAAAAUAGAAUACUCUUUGAGUAUUUCAUGCCCUAUUGUUUUCAGAACCGAACUUUUAACUUUAUUCAGAGUAAUCACCUUGAAAUUUAGUGAAUUGCACUUAUUACCUUAUUGGAUAACUUUGGAACAAGAUCUUAUUAAUGUGUUCGGAUCCUUACUCAGUAAAUCGCGUAAGGAAUUGCAAUCCUUGACGUUUGAAGAGUUAAACCUUGUUUUGGGUAGUUGUAAACUCUUAGACCAGUUAUUGUUACUCAGGUUUGAUGAAUUUAAUUUGAAUGAAUGGCUUUUUGUCACCAGCCAGCCUGAUGUAAUCAAAGGAACAGAUAAAAACACAAUCAAUGCCUUGAUUGAUAAAAUUGCUGAAGAAGUUGAUCCAAUUUUAAAUAAAGAACCACCAAUUAGGGUCAAACAACCUGAAGACCCUUUGCAGCCUUUACUUUUGGGUGUGAAAAGUCUUAAUAAUAUCGCGAACUUACGGACUUUCUUCGAGUCUCUUAGUUUUAUUUCUUACGAGAGAACUUUUGGCUUAUACCCAGUAGACGUAAAGUCUUGCGAAGAAGGUAUUUUGGAAGAUUUGUUAGUUUGAAUAGCUAUAUAUUCCUCUAAAUGUAC